UUGGAAAGGACUGGAAGGAGACAAAAAAAAAAAAAAAAAAUGUGUACCAAAAAGUUGAGCUACGUGCCAGCUUGAAACUUCUCCUAUAAUUUAGUCACAAAACCAGUCAAUCUCGGACCCUUUGAUUUGAACACUGGAGUGUGGAAAGUUCUGGUUUUGAUUGUGUGUGCUUCGGAAUCACAGCCAACCGUAGACUCUUCAAUUCAGUUUCCAACAUUUGUAGCAGUAGCAUAAGAGGAAUCUCUAUAUAUCUAUCUGGGAAUCUAAAGGAGGAGAGGAGAGAGAGAGAGAGAAGAGGAGAAAAGAAAAGAAACGAAAGAUGUUGGAAGGGAAAGCUAGCAUAAAGGAAACAGACAUGCCAGAAAAGAUGCACAUGCAAGCCAUGGCUUGUGCUUCUCAAGUCCUUGAUAAUCUCCAUGACGUUUUUGAUUGCAUAUCUAUUGCUGCCCACAUCAAGAAGGAGUUUGACAAGAUGUAUGGAAGUGGCUGGCAAUGUGUGGUGGGUUCUAACUUCGGUUGUUUCUUCACUCAUGCACCUGGGACUUUCAUAUACUUUUCCCUGGAGACCCUCAAUUUCCUCAUCUUCAAGGGAGCCUCUUCGUGAGUUAAUUUGCCACAUCAAAAGUAUGAGAGCUCUUGGAAUCUGUACUUAUUUGUGUAAUCAAAGUUUGUGUGAUACUGGUAACAAGAGUUUGUAAAUCGUAGUUAAAGAGUUUCUAUCUUCUUCAAUCGGUGGAGAGCCUCACAGUGCCUCCACAUGCCUCUUUGUAAUUCCUCCUCAGGAUUAUAUUACUGCCUCAUCAUAUCAUGAUCAUAUAAUUAAUUGCUCUUAACUAAUUAAUCAUCAUUAUCAUC